AUGGAUUUCCCAUUCGACAUAAAUGCUCUUUUUCCGGAGAGAAUAUCAGUGCUGGAUCAAAAUUUAGCGACCGGCCGAAAAUCGUCUGGAAGACCAGAUCCUCAGGCUCAAAUAGCUACAGUGAUUGAUGAGUUAGGGAAAGCCUCAGCCAAGGCUCAGAAGCUGCCCGCACCCAUAACCAGUGCGGCAAAGCUCCAGUCCAACAGACAUCAUUUCUACUUACUGAAGGAAGGGGAGAGCAAUGGAGGAAGAGGGGUUGCAGUUGGCUUUUUAAAGGUUGGAUAUAAGAAGCUCUUUUUACUGGACCAGCGGGGGGCGCACGUGGAGACAGAACCGCUGUGUGUGUUGGACUUCUACAUCACAGAGAACCUGCAAAGACAUGGCUAUGGACUGGAGCUCUUCAGCUACAUGUUGCAACAUAAAAGAGUGGAGCCUGAACAGAUGGCUUAUGACAGACCCUCCCCAAAAUUCCUGUCAUUUCUCGGGAAACAUUUUGAACUUAAAAACAGCGUGCCGCAGGUGAACAACUUUGUGGUGUUUGAUGGUUUUUUCAGAAACAAAUCAGCGGGCCAGUUGAGAAAAGUUCCUCCCAAAAAGCCGGAAGGAGAGAUCAAACCGUAUUCACUAUCGGAGAGAGAGGCCAUACGAGAGGAGCAGAGGGCUCUCCCCUGGCCGUUCGUUCGCCCCGCUGCUCCCCCCCUCAGUCCCCCUCUGGCUCCGUCCUCCCAGUUCUCCCGUUCCCUCAGUGUGGGAUCCUCCCCCAGCCACGCCCCUCUUCGCCCAGCUCCGGCAUCCGGGGCCCAUCCGGGACACCCACAAAACUCCCAUGUCAUCGAGAACUGCAGAGCAAAACGCACAAGCUCUCUUAAUCGAUCAAGGCUUAGCUUUCAUUGA